AUGGAGUUCUGUUGUAAGAGAGAGACAGAAGGGAAACUAGCACAUGACUACUUAUCAGCGUCCCUCAAGAACCCCAACCACGACAAUAUGACGUCAUCACCACGUCGAGUCUUCGUCUCCACCGGACCAGUGAUCGUAGGUGCCGGACCGUCGGGGCUCGCGACGGCUGCUUGUCUUAAAGAGAAAGGAAUAGCGUCGGUACUACUCGAGAGAUCAAACUGUAUAGCUUCACUAUGGCAGCUCAAGACUUACGACCGUCUCCAUCUUCAUCUUCCUAAGCAAUUCUGUGAACUUCCUAUUAUACCCUUUCCCGCUGAUUUCCCUACCUACCCGACCAAACAGCAGUUUAUCGAGUACCUCGAGGACUAUGCACGGAGGUUUGAUAUACGGCCGGAGUUUGGACAGACGGUUGAGUCGGCUGAGUUUGAUGAGAAUCUUGGGAUGUGGUGCGUGACGAGCGUGGGGGAAGAUGGGACCACGACGGAGUAUGUUUGCCGGUGGUUGGUGGCGGCGACGGGAGAGAAUGCGGAGCCGGUGGUUCCGAGGUUUGAGGGGAUGGAGAAGUUUGUGGCAACAGGAGGAGAGGUUAAGCACACAAGUCAUUAUAAGACCGGUGGAGAUUUCGCCGGAAAAAGAGUUUUGGUCGUCGGAUGUGGAAACUCCGGCAUGGAGGUCUGUUUGGAUCUCUGCAACUUCGAUGCUCAGCCUUCUCUUGUUGUCAGAGACGCUGUGCACGUCCUACCACGAGAGAUGUUGGGUACUUCAACUUUUGGGCUGUCCAUGUUGUUACUCAAAUGGCUGCCCAUCCGGCUCGUUGACCGUUUCCUCUUGGUUGUUUCCCGGUUCAUCCUCGGGGAUACCACCAAAUUAGGUCUUAACCGGCCCCGGUUAGGCCCACUAGAGCUCAAAAAUCUCUCUGGUAAAACUCCGGUUCUCGACGUUGGUACGCUUGCAAAGAUCAAAACCGGAGACAUCAAGGUGUGUUCCGGGAUUAGAAGGUUAAAACGACAUGAAGUUGAGUUCGAUAACGGGAAAACGGAGAGAUUUGACGCCAUAAUAUUGGCAACUGGCUACAAAAGCAACGUACCCUCUUGGCUAAAGGAGAAUAAAAUGUUUAGUAAGAAAGAUGGAUUCCCAAAACAAGACUUUCCGGGUGGAUGGAGAGGGGAAUGUGGACUAUACGCGGUUGGAUUCACAAAACGUGGGAUUUUCGGAGCAUCAAUAGAUGCAAAGAGAAUAGCUCAAGAUAUAUGGGAAGAUGAACAGAAACAUAGGUAUGUCAUCAACACCUUGAGAAACUGA